UGUGUGUGUGUAGGUGGCCUGGCAGCAGUGAUCUACACUGAUGCACUCCAGACUGUGAUCAUGGUUGGGGGGUCCUUUGCACUCAUGUUCAUAGCCUUUGCAGAGAUUGGCUGGUACGAGGGUCUUGUGGAGGGUUACAUGUCGGCGGUGCCCUCGGUGACGGUUGCUAACACCACCUGCCACCUGCCUCGCAGCGACGCCUUCAGCCUGUUCAGAGACCCCGUGUCGGGGGACAUCCCCUGGCCUGGCCUGCUGUUCGGACUCACUGUUCUGGCUACCUGGGUCUGGUGCACGGACCAGGUUAUAGUCCAGAGGUCUCUGUCAGCGAAGUCUUUGUCUCAUGCCAAAGGCGCCAGUGUGGUGGGGGGGUACCUCAAGCUGCUGCCCAUGUUCUUCAUCGUCAUGCCAGGCAUGAUCAGCCGAUCACUGUUCCCAGACGAGGUAGCUUGUGUGGAUCCAGCAGUGUGUCAGAGUGUGUGUGGCGCUGCAGUCGGCUGCUCCAACAUCGCCUACCCUAAAUUAGUGGUGGAGCUAAUGCCUGUGGGUCUGCGGGGGCUGAUGCUGGCCGUGAUGCUAGCCGCUCUCAUGUCCUCCCUGACCUCCAUCUUUAACAGCAGCUCCACCCUGUUCACUCUGGACCUGUACCACCGGGCCAGACCGGCAGCCACAGAGAGGGAGCUGAUGGUGGUGGGGAGGGUGUUCGUCCUGGUCAUGGUGUGUGUGAGUCUGAUGUGGAUUCCCGUCAUCCAGACAGCCAACAGUGGACAGCUGUUCGAUUACAUCCAAUCAGUGACAAGCUUUCUGGCUCCUCCCAUCACCGCGGUCUUCCUGAUGGCCAUCCUGUGGCCCCGUGCUAAUGAGCAGGGUGCGUUCUGGGGUCUGAUGGGGGGGCUGCUGGUGGGACUGGUCCGGAUGGUUCUGGAGUUCAGUUUCAAAGCUCCGGCCUGCGGGCAGCCUGACGGCCGGCCUGCGCUCCUGGCUCAGGUCCACUAUCUGCACUUUGCCCUGAUCCUGCUGGCUCUCACCUGCCUCAUCAUCGCUGCUGUCAGCCUGGCCACGCCCCCCAUCCCUGAAGAACAUCUCUACAGGCUCACCUGGUGGUCCAGACACAGCCAGGAGCCUCGUCUCGACCUAACAGCUCCCCAGGUGACCUCUGGCCCUGUGACCUCUGGCCCGGUGACCUCUGACCCGAUGACCUCUGACCCUGUGACCUCUGGUCUGGUGACCUCUGGCCCGGUGACCUCCUGGUGGAGGAGGGCUGCUCUGAGGCUCUGCGGUCUGAAUGCUCCCGACUCUGAGGCUGCGGAGCCUGAAGGACUCGAGCUGAACUCCCUGCAGGAGGCGCCGCUCUGGAGGAACGUCUGCAAUAUAAAUGCCCUGCUGCUGCUGGCCAUCAACGUGUUUCUGUGGGGGUAUUUCGCCUAACCAUAGGUGGACUGAUGUUCUGGACUGGUGUUCUGGACUGAUGUUCUGGACUGAUUUUCUGGACUGAUGAACUGAACUGGACUGAUGAACUGGACUGAUGUUCUGGACUGGUGUUCUGGACUGAUGAACUGGACUGGUAUUCUGAACUGAUGAACUGGACUGAUGCUCUGGACUGAUGAACUGGACUGGUGUUAUGGACUGAUGUUCUGGACUGAUGAACUGAACUGAUGUUCUGGACUGAUGAACUGGACUGGUGUUAUGGACUGAUGUUCUGGACUAUCUGCUCUUUCUCUCACAAGCAGCAGGUCUACAGACCGUGAUGUCAAUACAGGGAACCAGCCUUUGUUUUUUUGGUGAUUCGUUAAUUAAAU